GAUAGACUCCAACCUUUCCCCUUUCCUCAUUCUCUUUUUUCCGUUUCUAUAUUAUUCACAACAACCCACAUCCUUAAAUAUCUCAUGAAACUGAAACUGGUUUCAAUCCAAUCUACCACUCUGCAGUUUGCAACUGGCGAUUGUCUUCCAUUAAGGAUGUGAGAGAGAGCAAAGCAGCUUAUUCUCUCUCAAUUGAGUUCAGUUUUUGUUAUUGUUUCUCUGUUAUUUUUGGCUUCUCUGCAUCUCAUGUGGGGCAUGUCAGCUAAAGUAUAGUGUAUUAGAGAGAGAGAGAGAGAGAGAGAGAGAGAGAGAGAGAGCGAAGCUUUUUCAAAGACCAAGCCUUUACAUCAAUACCCAGUUGCUCUUUUCUUUGCUUCAUUAAGCUGUCACAGUCUUGAGUGAUGAAUCAAGGCCUGGCUUUGCAUACCAGAUCAAAUCAAAGUUGCAGGAGUCAGAUUCUGAAGUAUUUCUGAAGAUAGGGGGUCAAUCACUUUGUGAGAAUUGCUGAGAUAAAGUCUUUGCCUUAAAAAAAUGAGGGAUUUCCCAUCUUGUUUUGGUGAAAAUGGGGUUCAAGUUGCUGAUUCUUCUUCGUCGUCGAAUCAUCAUCAGAAUACUACUAGGACUGCCCAGAAUUUGGUUACUUGUAUCUAUCAGUGUCGGUUGCGCAAUCGGUCUUGCUUGAUUACUGUCACAUGGAGUAGGAAUUUGAUGGGUCAAGGUCUUAGUAUUGGGAUAGAUGAUUCCUCGAACCAGUGUCUUUGUAAGGUUGAUAUUAAACCUUGGUUGUUCUCCAAAAGAAGAGGGUCCAAGAGUUUGGAAGCCUAUUCUAGUAAGAUUGAUAUAUAUUGGGACUUUUCAUCUGCAAAAUUCGGAUCCGGGCCUGAACCUGUUGAUGGAUAUUAUGUGGGAAUUGUGGUGGACCGGCAGAUGAUUCUCCUUCUUGGAGAUAUGAAAAAGGAAGCUUUCAAAAAGACUAGUGCCAGCCCUGCAUCGUUUAAUGCUGGUUGCAUUGCCAGGAGAGAGCACAUUUUCGGGAAGAAAGUGUUCACUACAAAGGCUCGGUUUUGUAAUGAUGGUCAAGUUCAUGAUUUUGUGAUUGAAUGUGACACUGUUGGGAUCACUGAUCCGUGCCUUGUUGUUCGUGUAGACAGUAAGACGGUGAUGCAGGUGAAGAGACUUCGGUGGAAGUUCCGGGGAAAUCACACCAUCUUGGUUGAUGGGCUUGCAGUUGAAGUUUUCUGGGAUGUGCACAAUUGGUUCUUUGGUACAUCACCUGGAAAUGCUGUGUUUAUGUUCAAGACAUGCCUCUCAGCGGAGAAGUUGUGGUCUGGCCAACCACAAUCAGAUCCAAGUGCCCUGCAGUGGUCGUUUUCUCAGAGAUUUUCAGACAGUAAGUCACAAGGGCUAGGGUACUCGCUCAUGCUGUAUGCUUGGAAGAAUGAAUAGAGGAAGCUGGAAGUUCUCCAUUGAUUGCUAACAGAAGACACAACCUCUAGUGAGUGAUGAAUUUAUCGGUUAUUAUGUGAUUGCAUUACCACAAAAGAAAUUGUUAGAUACGGUCAUUGUUCUUUCUUACCCUUUUUUGCUUCUGUUUCUCCUCAUGAGUAGCUUGAGCAACCAAAUAGAUCAGAGUCAGUUUUGUUUCUACCGGUUGUAUAUCCUCCAUACAGUGUUAAUUUCAAGUUUCAUUCUUAAAUUUUUUUGUUACUUCUUAGAAUUCUAUGUCAAUAUCAUUGCUUUGCGAAUUUUCACUUUUCAUUAAAAUCAUUAGAUUCUGUCUAUAAUGAGAUAUAUAAAGCAUGA